GGAAUAACAACCACUUUUCCCUCCUUGAAAAUGACAUACCCUUGAGGUCAAACGCUUCCCUUAAUAAAACUGCUCUUCGCUUUAGUAAGUAAACAGAAUUAUUAAAGUGAGCUUAUAAGGAAGGUUUUCAACCAGAAAGUAUUAUAACUUGCCAUAAACUACGAUGCAUCUAUUCAUGUUAUGCACUCUCUUCUUAAUUACGCUGGUUGCUGUUAAAGCCGAUGUAAAAGACAGAUAUGUCGAAGCCGUAAAAGACAAAGAUGCAGAAUAUGAUGACAAGGAGGAAAGACAAGCCGUGUAUUGGACUAGGUACAGGAAACCUCUAGAUUUGAACAUCAGAGUACCAUUCUUUCAGAUGUUCUUAAGAAGGCAAAAGACAGGCCAAUCAAAUUUGGGACUGCAGGUGUUUCCAGAUUCGCAGCAAGGAAGCUUAGUAGACAUCGCCCACAGCUGGUGGGGAAAAUGAUUGUUUACAAAAUGGCUCAUUCUUUAUUAUCUGUAACUCUAGAACACAUUUGCUUGCAAAUAUAACUUACUUUUGUAAAUAUUUACAGUAUUACCUUUGAUCUGUUUAAAGCCUGUAAAGAGAAAAACCCUAAAAAACUUGGAUAGAAUAUUAAAUGUGGUUUUCUAAAUGUGGUUUGUAAAUACUUAUUUACGUUAACUGCAUAUUGAACUUCGGUUUCAUUUAAGUAAGCAAUUAAAUGCGAUCAAACAUUAUUUAACCAAUGUAAUAUUAUUUUAUGUGGGAACAUUAAAGAUAUUUAUGUAUUGAUAAUAUUCAGUGAAAUAAACUACAUAUAAAUGGAA